UCCCUAUCUCUCUCUGGGAUGGUUCAAAUGCGGAAGUUUACACUCAGGAAGCUGCCGCUACAGCCAAGAUGAGUGUUGCGAUGACAUCUGAGCUGCGGUCUUAGCGGUGCGUGUGUGUGUGUGUGUGCGUGUGUAUAUGUGUGUGUGUGUGGGAGAGGCGGUGAGCCCGCAGAAAGCACCCGGAGCCAGCGCCGGAGCGCAACCGGAGUUCAACUUGCAUGGCUUCCCUGGCGAGCGCAGACCGACGGGCUUUCGCUCUGAAAAUCAGCAGACACUCAUCUGCAGAGAUCAGACGACACUUCAGUGGGAACUAUGGCUCUUAUCACAGCCGAACCAACUCCAAUGCCUCUGCCUCAGCGUGCCUCAUUGUGCCUCAGUCAUAUGAGGCGGUGGAGCCUCUGGACCUGGAGGAGUUCCUGAUGUCGCAGCUGCGAAGUGGAGACUCAGCAAUGAUGCAGGAACUUGGAGAGUUUCCUGAUGAUGACCUGAAGGUGGAGCAGGUGGAGAAACAGUGUCGCACCGUCCGACACUCGGUUCCUGAGGAGGGACUGGAGUUUGAUCCCCAUGUGAGAGACUGUAUCCAGAGUUACACCCAGCCUUGGCUCGUGGUCUCCAGAAGGUGUCAGGGGGAUGGCUGGGGUGCCUACUCAGAGCGGGCUGGCCUGCACAAACUCCUUCAGAAACAGACCUUUGAGUCAGACGUCCAGCCAGAGAAAAAACAGAGCCCGGUCAAGUCUCCAUCUCUGGCGGGGUUGAGUGAAGACAGUGGCCGGACGCUGACCUCCUCUGACUUUGACCUGAGGUGCUUGACCCCGGACCCCAGAGUGGAGGGGCUGAUGUGUUUCAGUAGUCAUGAGGAGCUGGACCGCUUCAACCAUGAGGCACGACAGGGGAACAGACACCCUGAACUGUUUGCUCUCUACCCACCAGUGGAUGAGGACGAUGCAGUAGAGAUCCGCCCCAUCCCAGACUGCCCGAAAGAACACAUCGGAGACCGCAUCCUGAUCCGAUGCCAGGCCAUCAAAUUUGAGAUUGACAUUGAGCCGUUGUUUGCUACCCUGGCCUUGUAUGACCUGAAAGAGAAGAAGAAGAUAUCUGAGAACUUCUACUGCGAUCUGAACCCAGAGCAGUUUAAAAACUUCCUGAAGCCCCACACUCCAAAUGUGGCCCCCUCCAGCCUGGCCAGAUCUGCCAUCUUCUCCAUCACCUACCCUUCCCCAGAUGUCUACCUGGUCAUCAAGAUAGAAAAGGUGCUUCAGCAGGGAGAGAUCAGCGACUGCGCUGAGCCCUACAUGGCCAUGAGGGAAAGUGACUCUGCAAAGAACAAGGACAAGCUAGAGAAGCUGCGAAACCAGGCAGAGAUGUUCUGCCAGAGAUUGGGCCGCUAUCGCAUGCCCUUCGCCUGGGCCACCGUUAAUGUCAUGGACGUCAUCAACAGUGCGACGCUGGACCGCGACAUGACCGACUCUGACAGCCUAAGAGGAGGUAAAUCCAGCAGCAUGGACAGGAGAGCCCAGCUUCCCAGGAGGAACUCUGAACGUUACAGCACCAUAGAUGAUCAGCUUUGUAAUAUUUCUUCCUUCAAACCAGCUAUCAUCACCAUCCCCACUAUCUUCAAACAGGAGGGGGACCGUUUGAAUGAUGACGACUUGCUCAAGUUCCUGUCGGAGAUUAAGAAAACCUCAGCACCACAGAGGAGAACUAAGACCAUACCAGGUACCAUAAAACUGGACAUGACCCCAGUCACUGACACGCCUCACGCCUGUCUGUCUACUGAGCUCAUCCCUCUCAUACCCGUGGCUGAGAAAAACAUUCGGGCAGUGAAAGAGGUGCUGGAGUUCCCUGCCAGUGAGGUCUACGUCCCGCACAACAUUUACAGGAACCUGCUCUACAUCUACCCUCAGAGGUUAAACUUCGUCAGCAGACUGACGUCAGUGCGAAACAUCACCAUCAAAAUCCAGUUCAUGUGUGGAGAGGACCCCAGCUGCUCGCUACCUGUUAUUUUUGGGAAAUCAAGUGGCUCUGAGUUUGUGCAGGAGGUGUACACACCAGUCACCUACCAUAACAAGUCCCCAGACUUUUAUGAGGAAGUGAAGCUUGCCCUUCCAGCCCGUCUGACAGAGAGACAUCACCUGCUGUUCACCUUCUACCACAUCAGCUGCCAGCAGAAACAGAACCAGAGCGGCAGCUGUGAGACGCUUAUAGGAUACUCUUGGCUGCCCAUAUUGAAUAAUGAUCGACUGCAGACCGGUCAGUACUGUCUUCCGAUCGUCCUGGACCGACUACCUGCUAACUACUCGCUGCACACACCUGAGAAAAUGCCUCCCCAGGUCCCUCCAGUCAAGUGGAUGGAGAGUCAUAAGGGACUUUUUAACCUGGAGAUCCAGGCUGUGUCUUCUGUACACACACAGGACAACCACUUGGAGCGUUUCUUUACCCUGUGCCACGCCCUGGAGGGUGGAGCAACGUUCCCACUUCGGGUCAGGGAGGAGAAGAUUCCAGAGAACAAGCUGGAGCAUGAACUGAAGCUCAGCAUCAUCUCCCUGUCCUCAUCCAGGCUGGAGCCUCUGGUCCUUUACCUCCACCUAGUGCUGGAUAAACUCUUCACCCUCAUCAUGCAGCCCAUGCUCAUUGCUGGCCAGACUGCCAAUCUGGCCCAGAUUGCCUUUGAGUCAGUGGUGUCCAUUGUCAACAGUCUCCAUAACAGCCAGGAGCUGGCCCGGGACCAGCAGGGCAGGAAUGGCCUCUUGGCAACCUACCUCUACUGGGUGUUUCGCCUGCCUGACCCGCCUCGAGAGAUACAGAGUGCAGGUGCAGGCAGUGCUUUGCCUUCUGCAGAGAGCCGCUACAGCACCAUGGGUCGGGCCACGGCAAGCUCUGUUGGCAAUAUGCUUCUCCAGUCAAGGGUCCGCAGCAGCAGCAACCCAGACAUCCCCGGUCCACACAGCUCUGCUGAAGACGCUGAGGUCAAAAACAUCCUCGCUGCUAAGGUUCAUAACAACCCCGGCAGCCGCAUGUCCACCUAUGUGGAUGUAAACAACCAUCCUCAGAACACCACAGGAGGCACCAGGCCUUCCAACAGAAAGCAGUUUCAUGAAGAGCUGGCCCUACAGAUGGUCGUCAGCACUGGAGUCUGCAGGGAGAACGCAUACAAAUAUGCUUGGUUCUUCUUUGAGCUGCUGGUGAAGAGCAUGGCUCAACAUGUCUCUCAGCUGGAGAAGAACAAUGUCCCUCGACGAAGCCGCUUCUCUGACCGGUUUAAAGAUGACAUCACCACCAUUGUCUCCGUGGUUACCGCUGAGAUUGGGACCAUCCUCGUCAAGCAACAAAAAGAGCUAGAGCAAGCAGAGAAGGUCAACAUAAGCCUGGCCUUCUUCCUCUAUGACCUGCUGUCUCUCAUGGACCGAGGCUUUGUCUUCCAGCUCGUCAAAAACUACUGCAACCAGAUGUCAGCUAAGAGCGUUUCAAUGCCGACGCUGAUCACCAUGCGUCUGGAAUUCCUGCGUAUCCUGUGCAGCCACGAACACUACCUCAACCUCAGCCUGUUCUUCAGCAGCCCCGCAUCUGCUCCCGCCUCCCCUUGCCCAUCCAUCUCCUCACAGAACUCCAGUUCGUGCAGUUUCCAGGAGCAGCAGAGGAUCUUGGGUCUGUUCGAGCUGUCCCAAGAGUUCAAGCAGCAGCACUACCUCACCGGUUUGCUGCUGACAGAGCUCAGUGCCGCGCUGGACAUGGAGUCAGAGGGGGGGAAGGUCCAGAGGAAGGCCAUCAAUGCCACUUGCAGCCUGCUGUGUGCCCAUGACUUAGACCAUCGCUGUAUCAAACCUGAGGUCAGAGCCAAGGUUGCUGCUCUCUACCUCCCCCUGGUGGGCAUCAUCAUCGACUCUACCAACUACCUGGAUUUCACUGUCUCUGACGCGCGCAGCGGGAAAAACAAGACAGGUGGACCUGAGGACGACCUUGAAAAUGUCCCUCCCAUCAAUCAGUCUGUUGCCAUGGCGAUUGCCGGGAACCCCUUCAACACCCUGGGGAGGAGUGCUCUCGUUUCCAUGGCAUCCAUGCAAGGUAAAACAGGAGUCACCCUUGCAGCAGACACCAGUCGCCAACUGUUGGUGUGUUUCCUGUGGGUGAUGAAGAACGCUGACAGGAGUCUGAUUCAGCGCUGGACCGUAGAUAUGCCCCCCUCUCAGCUCAACAAGCUGCUGGAGCUCCUUACCAUCUGUGUGUCUUGCUUUGAGUACAGGGGUAAGCAGAGCAGUGACAAGGUGAGCACUCAGGCCUUACAGAAGUCUCAACAGGCCAAGCUGCAGCUGGAGGAAGCCCUGCUGAGGGGGAUGGGAGCCCGUGGGGAAAUGAUGAAACGGGUCGGAGGAAUGGAUAGAGCUGUGGGUCAGAAAGAGAUUCUGCGCUGGAGGAAAGACCUCACCCAGUGGAGACAGACCAACGACAGGCAGGACAAAACUAAGGCAGAGUUGGACCAGGAGGCUCUGAUCAGUGGGAAUCUAGCUACAGAGUCGAACCUCAUAGUGCUGGACCUGCUGGAGACGAUUGUGCAGGCGGUGCCAUUGGCUGAAUGUAAGGACAGCGUGGUGGGCGGGGUGUUGAAGGUGCUGCUCCACUGCCUCACCUGCAACCAGAGUACCACUUUCCUGUCCCACACCUUCAGCACACUCCGAGCGCUUGUUGUCAAGUUUGGGGACCUGUUGUUUGAAGAGGAGGCAGAGCAGUGUGCGGACCUGUGCCAGAAAGUUCUUCAGUACUGCAGCAGCCCUGUUGACGAGAACAGGAGCCAGGCCUGCGCCACCCUCUACCUCAUCAUGAGAUACAGCUACAGCAAUGCCAGUAACUUCUCGAGGGUGAAGAUGCAGGUAACAAUGUCUCUGGCCUCUCUGGUGGGCAAAUCCUCCGACUUUGAGGAGGAAAACCUGCGGCGCUCGCUCCGCACCAUCUUGGCCUACGCAGAGGAGGACGCAGAGAUGCAGAACACUCAGCUGCCCUUGCAGGUAGAUGAACUUCUCAGGAACCUUAACAGUAUUUUGUCAGACACAGUGAAGAUGAGAGAGUUCCAGGAAGACCCUGAGAUGCUCAUGGACCUCAUGUACAGGAUAGCGAAGGGCUACCAGACGUCUCCUGACCUGCGUCUGACCUGGCUGCAGAACAUGGCAGAGAAACACAAUAACAGGAAGUGUUACACUGAGUCGGCCAUGUGUCUGGUGCAUGCUGCCGCCCUGGUGGCUGAGUAUCUCAGCAUGCUGGAGGAUCAUAAGUACCUGCCCGUGGGCAGCGUCACCUUCCAGAACAUCUCCCCUAACGUGCUGGAGGAGUCGGCGGUGUCAGAUGACAUCCUGUCCCCGGACGAGGACGGGGUGUGUUCGGGACGCUACUUCACUGAGGGUGGCCUGGUGGGACUGCUGGAGCAGGCUGCAGAGCUCUUCAGCAACGGCGGCCUGUAUGAGGCAGUGAACGAGGUCUAUAAGAUCAUCAUACCAAUCCUGGAGGCACACCGAGAUUUUAGAAAGCUGGCCUCCACUCAUGACAAACUACAGAGAGCCUUUGACAGGAUCAUUCAGAAGGGCCAUAAGAGGAUGUUCGGAACCUAUUUCCGAGUGGGGUUUUAUGGGGCCAAGUUCGGAGACCUGGAUGAACGGGAAUUCAUUUAUAAGGAGCCAGGAAUCACACAUCUGCCAGAGAUCUCUCACAGGCUGGAGAACUUCUAUGGUCAGUGUUUUGGAGAAGGCGCUUUGGAGAUGAUCAAAGACUCUGCACCAGUGGACAGAAACAAACUCAGCCCCAGCAAGGCAUAUAUCCAGAUCACUUAUGUGGAGCCCUACUUUGAUGACUACGAGAUGAAAGACCGGCUGACGAAUUUUGAGAAGAACUUCAACCUGCGGCGCUUCAUGUACACCACGCCCUUCACUAAGAGCGGACGGCCACGGGGAGAGCUGCAGGAGCAGUACAAGAGGAAGACCAUCCUCACCACCAUGCAUGCCUUCCCCUAUGUCAAGACUCGCAUCAAUGUCAUCCAGAAAGAGGAGUUUGACCUGACUCCCAUUGAGGUGGCCAUUGAGGACAUGCAGAAGAAGACUAGAGAGCUGGCAAUUGCCACACACAGAGAACAGCCUGAUGCUAAGAUGUUACAGAUGCUGCUACAAGGCUCCGUGGGAGCCACUGUUAACCAGGGCCCAUUGGAGGUGGCCCAGGUCUUCCUGAAUGAGAUCCCAGCAGACCCGAAGCUCUUCCGUCACCACAACAAACUGCGCUUGUGUUUCAAAGAGUUCAUAAUGAGGUGUGGCGAGGCAGUUGAGAAGAACAAACACCUGAUUACUUCGGACCAGAAGGAGUACCAGCAGGAGCUGAAGAAGAACUACAACCGCCUGAGAGAGAGCCUGCGACCCAUGCUGGAGAGGAAGAUUCCUGAGCUUUAUAAGCCAAUCAUCAAGCCUCGCCUGGAGAACAGGGAUUCCUUCAAACGGCUAAGUUUCCGCAGAGCUCAGGAGGAAAGCUCCUGAGAUGCCACGGCUCAUCUGAGAGGGAGCUAUGGAAAGGCAGGGGAGGAUGUCACACAACGGAGAGAGAGAAGGCGAAGAGAUAAGAUGAAAGAGGAGAGAAAAGAGGAAAGGAACAACCAGCGAUACCCCUGCACUCCUCUGUGGGAGAGCAGUACACCGGUGCCCACAAUGGAGAACUCACAAUCAGUUUCUCAACAAUUCAGCAUUCACUGUUUUUUUUUUUCUUGCAAUAGUUUGCUCUUUGUCCGUUUUUAUAUUCUUUCAGGGGUUGUUUGUUACUGGAAGCAAAAGGAAGAAACGCACAUUACAUAGCGAGGAGCGCAGGGAUCUGAACAAAAGUGUAGCUUAUUCAGCAUUUCAGUGUACAUUGAUGGUCUUGUUCUGUCUCAUAAUUGUAUUGAUAUUUUUAGAUAACUGCAAGUCCUAAUGAUGCUGCAAACGUUUCCUCUGGGUUGGUAAAGAAACAGACUAGAGUUCCUCUCUGAGGUCCUUGCUGGCCCAGGGACUGUAUAUGUGCCAACAAUGCUAGUAUCGUGUGUGUGUGUGUGUGUAUGUGUGAAUGCAUGGGUGUGUGUAUUCAAAUAGUGUAUGAGAAUAUUGUUUUGCUUGUGUACUGAAGCCACUUUGUGCUCAGCGAUGAUAAAUGAUUCUGUUAUGUGCUAAAGGGCCUCUGAAAUUCCACUCCUCCGAGCAUCUACGCAUGACGUGCACCAGUUAGAGCAGCAAGACUAUGGAUGGAUUCGCCCACUGUAAAAAUAGAUACAAAUUCCUGUGUGAACUCUGGAGACCAGACUUGUCUUAUUUUUGUUAGGCAAAACUGGUCGUGUGGCUGGUUAGUAGAUUUUAACUUAUUUGAUCACACAGGAAGCAGAUGUGGAUUUAGUCCUGGUACAAAACUUAGCUGAGGCUGAAAGUUGAUACAUGAGGCUCUUUAAAUCCACCAUAUUUUGUACAUAGUAGAGGUAAUAAUUACAAAGAAGAUGUUUACAGAGUUCUGAAUAAAAACUAUUUUGCAUUUUAUCUUAUGAAUUGUAUUUUUAGAUGAAUAAUAGCAAUAAUAAUAUUAAUUGGCAGUGUUUCGUAGGCAGAAUUUCAUGACUGAGUCUAUAAACAUCUUAGUGUAUGUUUCAGUAGUAUCAGUUCCUGUUUGUAAAUAGACCCCAAUAUACAUGCACACAGUGCCAAAUUCAAGUCAUUCCACCUUUACUUAUUAUGAACCAAGAUAACUUAAACAGAGAAUGCAAUAUUUUGUAAGUCAAUCCUCCCAGUUGUGUUUUGAAAUGUGAAUUUGCAUUUUUUUUUUUUUUUUUUUUUUUUUUUUGUCAGAAUACAUUCCAAAAGCGAGCAACCCUGCAGAAAAUGGCACAUUUCAUCUGGUAUUCUGUCACAGCUGCUGUAUUUCAAGGAUCAUCACCUGAUGUAAAUGAACUGGAUCUUUCAAAAGUGGUUACGCCUUUUUUUUUUUUUUUUUUUUUUUUCACAUUAUUAACAUUUUUCUCGGGUUUCUUGUUACACCUAUGGAAGUUAAUAUUAUUGCCUAAACUUAUUUUGUCAAAAUGACCGAGUUAAAAAUGACUAAAAUUAUACAUGUUGAUUAAAAUUACUGUUAAUAAUGUGUAUACCUACUUUUGAAACAUACUGUAUAUUGCUUAUGCUGUAAGCCUUGCAGUGUGUAUGUUAGUGGUAUCGAAUGACAUUGAACCCCAGGAAGCUUCUGUUUGUCCAUCUAUUUUUAUGCAUUGUGUUAAAAUUUUAACUCCUUGUCAUGCACAUAAGGUCAUGGCCAUGCACUUGAAUAAAAUAUAAUAUAUGCACCUUUG